CACCAAAAGAUUAUUAAUCUAGUUGAAUUUUCCAUCCAUUAGUCUGAUAAGCAACUGCUUCUGUACUAAAUGGCAAUAGGCUUGAUCAUGCAGGAUUGGAGAAGUGCAAAAGCCAAAGAUGGGAAGGCCAAGGAAGCUUUAAAGGCUUGCAGUGGUUAUGUUGAUAAUAUUUGUGAUCACCUCAUGAAAACACACUUUUAUGCCCACAUAAAAGUAAGGUAGUUCUCUGCUUUAAUUAUACUGAUUCGGUAUCUUAAUAUUACAUCAUAGGUCUGUGGAGUUAUGCUUGGAAAACGGUGGCUAACUAUGCAAUAAUGACUUAGCAUUCCUUUUCAUACUGAUUUCAUUCAUUUCAUUACUAUUUGAGAUGAAUUUGAUAUCUUAUACACUAUGACACCAAAAGAGUAAUUAUCGGGCGGUAAUAUCCCCAGUGGCAAUUGGUUUCACAGUGUUAAUUUACCAUUGAAAGUUUUGCUUGCUUUGAACCAUAUUUGUCAUUGCUGUCUUGUACCUGAUUAUCACACUUUCAAUAGAUUAACUAGGGAAAUAAAUUGAGGGCUUUAGAUUAAAAACUAGAACUGGGUGAUGACUGAUGAGAGGAAAACAAAUCUACAAGUGUGCAGUACUAAUGUUUCCAUCAUUGACUUAGUAUGAGUGAGGAAAGUUCUUUUGUGGUAAGGAAAGAUCACAUCAUUUGAGUGGCUUGGUGCUGUACUGACAAAAAUGAACAUAAGAAGUAGAAAAGAAGAAACUAGAGAAAGAGAGAGUGAGAACAUCUUGGUUUGUCUUUUCUAGGGAAUAGGGUCAGGUAGAAAUAGAAUCCUUCCAUUGCACUAAAGAUAUGCUUUUGUUGUUCUACAGAAAUUUGAAGCUAAUAAAUCAUGAUUCUAAUUAUUUUUCCGCUGAGAAAGAGUUUAGUUUUUUCAUUUCUUAGGAUUAUAGAUCUUUGAUUGUCUUCAAAUAAUUUGGUUUGAAGGUUCAUUCCCUGUUCAUUCUAGUUCAAGUAAAUUCAUGUCUUAUGUCUGCACACAUGGGAGUGUCUCUCUAAUCUUAUUGGGACAAGAAUUCAAUCUCAAGAAUCAAAGCUUGAAAUAUUG